GCUGGUAGAGGGCGCACGUAAGAAGAAUGAUUAGUAGAACAGAAAUGGCCGUCUGCUGCUUCGUGAAAGGGAAAUAAAGGCUGAUGGAUGAGUUUCACUGAGUCUUACCCCUUCAUUUGUGAGUAUCGGUGCGAUUGAGACUUUGAUUGAAAAUUGCAGAAAUCAUAUUUUUAGGUUUGGGGGUAAUUAGUUUUUUUUCGAGAGAAAACGAGGUCGAAUCAACAUGCAAAAAUGGUCGUUCCCGUCGAAUGCACAGGCGGGAACUUGACCGAAGAAGACUUUGUGGGAAUCCCCAGUCGUGAUUAUGAUGAACUUCGCGAUGUUAAGAUGACACUCCCACAACAGAUUUCAGAUCGAUUUCUACAGUUUGUAGUAGAAAUUACACAUUUUCAGUGUGAGCUAGAAGUAGAUUCAACAGUGCAAAGGAAACUUGAUGCUGAUCAGGAAGAAGAAAUUCAGUGACGGACGCCAUUCUGCUGCCUCAUUUUCACGAAAUUGACAUUUGGAAGUUUUCUUCUUGGGCGGAGCCAGAGCCAGAACCAGCUGCAGCAUGAGGAAACAACAAGGUCGCAAGCUGUUCACUGAUCACUCAGUACUGUCCAGCCUUCUUCAUCGCAUUGGAAAGGAUGAUGACAAAGAAAGACGUCUGUCUGCCUGUCAGCAGCUCCUGGACUUCCUCACCAACAAGGAUCACAGCAGAGAAAUUCAGAAGCAGAAUGACAGCAUUCUGAGUGCUAUAUCUUCUGUGUUGUGUGACAGAGUUUCCAACUCAAUCAAGCUGGAGCUAUCACAGUGCAUUGCAGCUGUGUCCAUUCAUACUGGGCAGGAUCUCAAAAGAUUCUUUGGAUGGGCUUUCACAAAGUUCCAAAACUCCAGCAAUGAUGAAUACAAGACCUACAUGUUCUAUGCUGUAUUCCAAGCCCUGAGAAAGAACAGCUCUAACCCACGUCUCCUUCCCUUGAUGAAUGGCAUCAUGAAGGAUCUUCAGAUAACACUGGAAAAUGUAGACACCCCGGAUCUGUUGGUGUCUGUGAUGAACAUUGUCCAUUAUGUAUCCCAGCAAUACCCCAAACUCUUCGGUGCUUUCUUCAAGGACACUGUUGAUAUCAUAGUAGGUUGGUACAUUGACACGACUCAGAAGGAAGUCCUCCUCAAAUACUGUGAAGACUCCUUGUCCAGUUUCUCUCGCUACUGGCAAGCUGAUCUCGGUUUCUCAGCCAAUUUAUUGAGCCAAUUCCUGGAAGACAUGGAAGCAUACGCUGAAGAUUACCACCAGCAGACCCAAGGUUCUGCUGCCAGGGGCGGUUCUGCACCCCCUAGGAGUGAUGGCUAUGAUAACGAUGAGAUCCUCACACCAGAUGUCUGCAAGAACAAAAUACUAGCACUCAUGAGGGUAUAUACUACAGUCGUGAAGUGCCUUGAUAAGGAGUUUAUUCCAGUCAGUAGCCCACCAAUCACAGUAGAUUACAUUUCCCAGGUUUUGUCUGGAAUACCCAAGUGUGCUAGGAUCCUGACUGCCAUCACCCCUGACCCAGCCCUAUGCCACAUUGCAACCAAGUGCCUGAUUGCUGUCCUAGACUGCAUACAAGAUAACCUAACCAAAUGCAAACAUGACCUCUUCACCUUUGCCCUCUCGGAGGUCGAAAGGGUCAUUCAGUCGGAGAAGACGCCAGCAUCUGAAUUAGUGCUUCACAUGACUCUGCUCUACAAGGUCAUCAGGCAUAGCAGAGAGAUGGUGCCUGCAGAGAUCAUCCAGAGAUUACUAGAACCAGGAUCCAAGAUUGCUUCUCUCAAGUACCACACAAAUCCACAGGUCAUGACUUGUCUAAUGAAAACGGUGCAAAGUCUACUGAAUGUGAAAGAUGUACCCACUCUUGAACUCACCUAUGGGUUCUUGCUGCUUGACCUGCAGUCCUCAUACAAUCGACUGCUCUCAUACCUGAACAGUGAGGUCAAAUGUCAGUUGACCUCUGAAGGCUCUAAUGGCAUCAAGGAAUCGUCACUCCUAGACAGCAUCCAGGGAGCAGAGAUGAUCAUCAUCUUCACCUUAGCUGCCCUCUCAGACAUCAGCUCAGCUAAGAGCUCGAUUAUGGGGAUGUGGGUGUUUUCCCCAAGCAUCUUUGACCUUUUGACCCUUCACCUCUCCCCGACCCACUGGGAUAUAGCCCUAGGAUUUCCAUCCACCUACUACACCAUACUGCACAUGCUUUAUACACACAGCAAGAGCAAUGGUCACUUCAUCUCCAGUAGUUUUGGUUUGACAGCUGCGUCUAAGACAAGGACAAACUUCUCUAGGAUUCUGGCACUCCUUCCCGAAGUCUUGACCAGCCCUGCGGUAUCGGAUGAAAGCAGGAGCCUUGCACUAUGUUGGAUGCUGAGUAUCUUACAGUACCUUCAGCAGGGUAGCUACUCGGCAGUCUGUCUCACAGUAGCAUUCACAGAGGCAGUGACAGCCUUAGUACAUGUUGCUCUCCAUGAGGAUCCCUCUAUAACCCUACAGGCAGCGCAAUGCAUGGGACUUGUCAUCAAGCACGCUAGACCACCCAAAGAAUUCCUUAUCAGUUGCCUGGAGGUGUGUCGGACCAGACUAGUAAGCUCUCAUGAUGAUGUCAAAAGGGCAUUUACAGACCUCAUGCUUAGCCUUCCAUGUGACAUCUUAUACAGCUCCGACAUUGCUCCUGUAAGCCCAUCUCAGCACUCAGAGGACAAGCAUGAUGGACGGGAGAACAGCAGUGAUGAUAUCAUUCAGAACCUACACAUCCUACAGAGAACCAGACAGAAGCAUAUGGGAAGCAUCCCAAACACCACCUUCAACUCUCACAACUACAGGACAGUCAUGGCUUAUAUCCUUCUGGGAGAAGCACCUAAGAAUACCAAGUGGCUUGAGAGGCUGUUCCACAGCUGUCAGAGACCACACAACAGUGUACACAAGUAUGACAAGGGCAACAUCUCCUUGCCAGCUUUUAUCAAUGACAAUCAGGCUGUUCAGUGGUUCUGGGCUACCUGGGAAGCAGCAAACUUCUGUGUUCUGUCGAAGCUGCGUACUCCACUUGGAAAGCCUCAGGAGACGUUUACUGCUAUACGAUCUGCCCUGAGUGAGUUUGUGACUGAUAUGAAGAUGGAAGAUUCCAGUUCCUCUGCCAAUGACAAGAUGACAGCGUUCAGUGAAGAAUAUAAGUGUGCUCAGCUGAGGCCGGUUCUGCUACUGCAGUAUCUAGAGCAUCUAGAGAAGCUGAUGUACAAUGCAUACGAGGGAUCCGCUGUAGCUCUACCUUCUAUGCCAAAGCCUGUGAAAGCUUUCUUCCGAACCAACCGAGAGACCUGCCAUGAGGGAUUUGCCCUUGUCCGUCCCCUGGCAUACAACCUAGCCAUGCACUGCAGCCAGUAUGCCAGUGCCUUGCACCAUGCUAUGACCAUGCUACAAGAUCUGGUAGCCAAGAACAACACAACAGGCCAUGCGUUUGAAGAUUGCCUGCAGCGUGUGAUAGCACCCCUUGUGAGACUUCAGUGUCCUCAGUCCAUCCUGGGCUUACAGACGUGGUGUGCCAAGGUCAUUGGAAGGUCAUUCAGUUGGCCCGAUCCAAUGGUGCUCAAGGCAGAUAAGAAGUUUGAGUCUUGUGUAACAGACACUCUAAACACCAUCAAGGAUUACCUGAAUCUAGAUGAGAUUGCUCACCAUGCUGCCCUGACCAAGGCUACCAGACAAACCAAAGCAGCUGCUCGUUCUACCUCCUCUCCACCAAACAGUCCACCUGGAGGAAGGGACGGUAUGAACCCCAAGCUGCUCACCAGGGGUAUGGAACCACCGCCUCCCUCACAGAGUGGUGCCGUGGUCGGGUACCUCCUGCUUGAGGUUAUGGAUUGCUACGAGAGACUGACAGACUAUGACAGUGCCCUCAAAUGGCAGGAGUCUGUACAGCUCUUGAGAGGGAAGGUUCACUCAGCUCUGAAGAGUAAUGUCAAACUUCAAACAGACACCAACAUACUCAAAGCAUUAAGUCACUUCAACGAGAGGGACUUCCCCGCUGUGUCUGACCAGCUAGCCUUGAUACCAGGCAUGUCUUUAGACGACCUGAACCCUAAGGAUCCAUCCGUAGGUAUCGCAGCCGUCCACUCUCCAAGGCUCCUCCUUAGAGCAGGCCAGCUAGAGCAAGCAAGGGCCCUCACACACUAUCACCUGUCUGGGUGUGCAAGUAGCUUUCCAACCACCAGCAGCAACAAAGGUGUGGUCUGCACCCAUCCACAGCUGCCACUUGUUGUUGAGGCACUAAACACGGUGAGUAAGCUCGCAGAAAGCAGUCUUCAGAUGGUCUGGUUGGAUUGGCCUGUUGUUCCUACACCGAGUCAUACCAUGCUCCUACAGACGACAGACAUCAUCAAGAAAACCAUCCAGGACCCAUCACAGCUGUACUUACUGCCUCUGAGCACUGACCUUCAGCUUAAUCCAUCUCAGCAUGAUUUGACCAUGAUGACAGAAGCCACAAGAGUGACCUCAUAUCAGCUUUAUCUACACUCUCAAGUUACUACCUCGGACAACAACAUGGGGACCAUCUCUGAGCUGAGGUGCCACCUGUCAAAGCUACGACUAGCUACAUCUCGCCUUGCUAGGAAACAAACCAACUUCCUGGCUGCACAGAAGAUACUCCUGGAACAGCUAGACUUCAUAGCUCCGGACGGAGUGAACUCACAGAAUCUAGACAAGAAGUUGAUGAACCUUGAGAUCCAUGCUAAGAAGCCUUCCCAGCCUCUCCUGACGGCCCUCUCUACCAUCGACCCUCAGAUCGUCACAUCUCUGGAUGUCCUACGCACAGAGCGAGAGUGCUCUAAGCUCUUGCACUACAUGGGCAACCAGAUAGAGUCCUGGGCACAGCUGUCCAAGACCGUUGUCCACUAUGCUACCCUUGCAGCAAACUCUAAGUAUGUCCUUCUCCCUUCCGAUGUGUCCGAUAUGACUGACCUCUGUGCUAGGUCUCUGCUGAGCAUGGUCAAGUGGAUGACCGCUGACUACAGGACAGCCCUGCCAUACCUGAAGCAGUGCCAUAGGCUUGACCUGAGUGAUGUCCCUGAGCUGAGCUGUAGCCUGGGUAUGCUCUUGGAUAUGGAGAAACAUGGAGCCUUGCAGGGACAUGGGCUAGCAGCUUAUGGUGUCAGAGAAGCAGAUGUAACAAACUUGAUAGGACAGAGCCCAGCAGUGAGUGACACAGAUGCCGUAUGUGGAAGACUCCUCCAUCUUGGCAUCAUGCAGUCACCCAGUCUGCCUAAAGCAUGGUCCUCUCUCGCCUCCUGGUGCUACCGAUGGGGACGCAAGGCUGUAGAUAUGGCAAGUGAGGACAAAGGAGUGGUUCUAACAGAGGGUGAGAAGGCUACUGUCCUUACUGUGCUACCAGCUGAAAUCACUAAUGCUGAUACUGAUGAGAUCUUGAGAGUUCUAAGUCAGGCCCACUGCACCAUCAGCAGUAUGCAGGAGGAAGACAUAGUUGAACAAGGACAGGCUCACUACCAUGAUGGUUCAGAGACCACAAGACUGCUGCUGACAUCGGUGUGCCCGUCACUGGCUGACAUGGAUCCCUCUGUCAUGGAGCACCUCCUAGAUGUAUGGGGAGCCGUGUGUAGAAGGAUCUUCUCUCACUAUCGUCUCUCUGUCUGGAGCUACUUCACAUUUCUCAAGCUCAAUGGAGGGAAUGCCCUUGAUGGUAGGGACAGCCCUAUAGCCCAGCUCAACACCAGCAGCAACAAUGCCAAGACUGAAUUGAACCUGAACAACAGCAGUGCAGGAGGAGGAGGAAGGAGUGGAGGACACGGAACUGAGAGUGAGAGCAUCGUAGGGUUUGGUAGACAGGAAGAUAACAACAUCACUGCCACUCUGCGCCUGCUGAGACUCCUGGUCAAGUAUGCCUCUGAGCUCAGGGAUGUCUUGGAAGAAGGAUUCGCUACCACACCUACAGGACCAUGGAAAAGUAUCAUCCCACAGCUGUUCUCUCGCUUGAACCACCCAGAGGCCUAUGUCCGUCAGAGUAUCUCUGAUCUUCUGUGUCGUAUCGCUAAGGACGCGCCUCACCUCAUAGUCUACCAGGCUGUUGUAGGAUGCCCUGAUACUGGCACUGCAGAGGUGGAAAACCAGAUUGCCCAGCCGAGUUCAAUCACCAACUUCCUAACCAGCCCUCAGGUAGCCUCAUCCCUCCAGGACAGCCUGCUGUCGCCCUCCCUGCAGGGCGGCACAGACAGCCAGCAAGGAGAGGAGCAGGAUGGUGAGGGGGUACAGGAGGAGGAAGGGGAAGAAGAGGAGCAGAAGCAGCAUGAUCACUCAAUGCAUCUGCUUGAGGAUUGCUUGAGGGCCCUGGUGUCUACGCUGUCCCAGCAUGAUGCUAACCUGGUGUCUCAGGUGGAGGUGCUUGUUCAGGAACUGAGACGGAUAACACUGCUGUGGGAGGAGGUGUGGAUUGGGACUCUCACACAGAUACAAUCAGAUGUUACAAGACGGCUGGAGAAACUUGAAGAAGAAGCUAAGAGGGUUUCCAGGAAUGAGAGUCUAGAGCAUAGACAGAAGAGAGCUUUAAUGAUGAAGAAACACCAGGCCAUCAUGAAACCAAUUGUGUUCACAUUGGAGCAGUUGCAUGGGAUCACCAACAAGCCAGCAGACACACCCAAUGAGAGAGCAUUCCAAGAGGCCUUCAAGGAUCAGCUGGAGUGUGCUAUCAAGUCACUCAAGUAUCCUGACAACCCUGAACAGCCUCAACAAUCAUGGGCUCCUUUCAAACAGCUUGGUCACAUGCUUCAACAGCGUUCCAAUCGUCGGUCCACGUUCUUACUUCAGAUGAGUGAGAUCAGUCCCAAGCUGGCCAAGAUGAAGUCCACUGCCAUUCCUCUUCCUGGCCAUGUCGGCCAUACCAAUCAGGUUGUGCACAUAGAAUCCUUCAUCAAUACAGUGAACAUCCUUCCUACCAAGACCAAACCUAAGAAGCUUGUAUUCCUGGGGUCUGAUGGUAAGAAGUACACCUACCUGUUCAAGGGUCUGGAAGACCUUCACCUGGAUGAGAGGAUCAUGCAGUUCUUGUCCAUCGUCAACUGUAUGUUUGCCAGGAACAAAAGACAAGAUGCACCCCUGUUCCAUGCCUGCCACUACUCUGUGACGCCUCUUGGACCACGAUCUGGUCUUAUUUCAUGGGUUGAUGGAGCUUCAGCUCUGUUUAGCCUCUACAAGAGAUGGCAACAGAGGGAGGCUGUGGCUGCAGCUGCUGCUUCUAAGGUUGGAGAUAAUAGCAACCCUCCUCCAGUGGCCAAACCUAGUGAGAUCUUCUACAACAAAGUGACAAAGGCUCUCAAAGAAGAGGGUCUGUCCAGCCAAACCCCUCGUAAGGACUGGCCACUGAGCAUGAUGAGGAAGGUCCUACAAGAUCUGAUGGCUGACACACCAGACUAUCUGCUAGCAAAGGAGCUGUGGUGUAGCAGUGGCAGUGCAUCUGAAUGGUGGCAUCUGACACAAGCGUUUGGUCGAUCUACAGCUGUCAUGUCUAUGAUCGGUUACAUCAUUGGUCUGGGCGACAGACAUUUGGACAAUGUACUGGUCAAUUUUGUGACUGGUGAGGUUGUUCACAUUGACUACAAUGUGUGCUUUGAGAAAGGGAAGAACCUGCGAGUUCCAGAGAGAGUGCCUUUCAGGAUGACUCAGAAUGUCCAAGCUGCAUUGGGAAUCACUGGAGUUGAGGGUAACUUCCGUCAAUCGUCAGAGGAAGUUCUGAAGAUCAUGCGCAAAGGUCGCGAGACCCUCCUGAACCUGCUAGAAGCCUUUGUGUAUGACCCCCUGGUAGACUGGACCACAGGGAAUGAUCGAGGGUUCGCUGGAGGGAUCUACGGGGGUGGUCAGGUCAACCCUGCUGCUCCUGAGAUGGGACUCAACAAGAAGGAGGUGGAGGUGGAGAUCACAAGGAGUCUCUUCCAGUCUAGGGUGUUUGAGAUGAGAGAGGCUUGGACUCAGAAUCAAGAGGACAUGUUGGACGCCAUGGUGAAGCUAGAGGAACAUCUUGAUACUCUCCUUGAAGAUGUUGAAGAGAAGAGAGAGAUGGAGAAUGAGGGUAAGAGGUUUGAACAACACCUACAGGAAUCCCAGACAGCACUCCGAGAUAAGGACCAUUCACUGCAUACACUCAAUGAAAGGUAUCGUGACCACAGACAGCUUCUGGAAGCUAGAGAUAACGCGGUGAAAUCAGUAGAGGCUCAGCUCCAAGACUUGUACAACCAUCACAUCCAGCACAAGAUAGCUCUAGAAGCCAUCCAAGAUCUAGCAGCACUCAGUCAACAGGUUGAGCAGCCACUUGAUGUGGGAGCACCAAGCUAUGUGCCUGCUGUGGGUUUCUUGCAGAAUGCUGGGCAAGCACAAAUCAUUCAACAGUGUGAACAAGCUGAGAGUGAGAUGGAGAAGGUACUAAAGCAGAGAAGAGAGCUAGUGGUAUCAUGUGUGGAGAUCCUCAAAGCAUACUAUAGCAUGGUCACUCUGUUCCCUCCAAAUUUCUAUGAGAUGACUCGUACGUUUGUAUGGCAUCAUUGGCUUCAGCAGCUAUUGCAGUCCUUCACAUCAGACAUGUGUGGUGACAUCCUAGCAAGUUUUGAGUCUUGUUACGCUCCAACAACGCCUACCAGAAUCCAGGAGGUGGUCGCCAUGGAGAUUCAACUUCAGGAUCUGGUUGCUACAGCAGGUGCCAAUCUAACCUUGACCGCUGACUGGACAAUAGGAAGCAUUGAACGAGAAACAGCGGAGGGUCAGAUGACACAAAGCAUGGCAGAACUUACACACUGGAUCCAAGAACAUGAAAGUGCAGCUCCCCCUCUAGUAACCCUCAACAUGAUGAACCUGCUUCACAUGUAUGCUAGCACAACACUCCUCAUGGAAAACUCCAUGUCAGCCAACAUGUCCCCUGAGUACUCAUCACGCAAUGGUCGUUGGUUCCUGAGUGAAUUGAGUGGGACCCUCACCAACAUAGAGGCAGUUAUGGGUAUCAUCUCAUUAGGCAUACAGCCUGAGAGUGAGGAUCCAUGUUCUCUAUCCAAUCUGAUCGCUUGCUUCAAAGCUGUCACUGCUGUAUAUGAGCAGCUCCAGACAUUGCUACAUCAUUUCAGUGAUGUGGCCUCCGAGGCUGUCAGGUUGAUCCAAAGCCGCGAUGCCUCAGUCGUGUCCUCUCUAGCUGCCCUGGAUGCCCUGUGCACUGACCCUCAGGUUUCUCUACACAGUAUCAUCUAUCAGAUAGAAACUGAUCUACAUGCAGCAGAACCUAACACACAGGCAUCAUCUUCAGAAAUGGUCAAGGAGCUUCGAGCCAAGUUUGACAGUCUCUUGCAUCCAUCAGCGAGAACACACAAACCAGCUGAUGACAGCCAGACUCCAGAUCCAGCCGCUUCUCAACCUCCCACCAUGGGCCAGAACCUGCUAGCAGCCAUCCAUGUCCUGUUCAAGAGACUGGGGCAGAGUCUAGAGGAGUUCACAGAGUGCUGGGACAAGGUCGCAUUCCCUCAGGAGUGGUUCAAAGUGGAUGGAGUGUUCUUUGAAGCUGUGAGCCCAAAGACGAUGACAGUGUGUAAAUACACUAUACCCCUGCUGAGUGACCUGUUCUUUGUGAAGCAGCUGGAGACUGCUCAUAAGUGUCUCACCAAGUGUCGCAACCAUGCGUUGGCUCUAUCAGGCUUACCCCAUGAAUUGGUUGACAAUGGCUUAGUCUAUCAAGAUGUCAAUGAACUGGUCGGAUUCAUCCAUUCUGAUGAGAUGCUAGUCAGACCAGUCAAGCUAUUCAUUGUGGAUUUCAUCUCGACUGCACUCCUUGGUAUUCCAUCUACGAUCCUUGGUCUAUGUGUGUGCUGUCUGGCCCAUCAGCUUGGCCUGGACACCACCAACCCUAACAUCUCCCAGCCACACAAUGGCCCAAUGGAUGCGCCGUACAAACUGCCCCUGGAUGAUCUGUGUCAGAAGGCAGCCCAGGAGGCUGUUGAGACAGGCAGGGUGGAUGGACCUGAAGGCUCAUCGGUCCAGCACAUCAUCAGGAUGUAUGACACAGCCAGUCGAGCAAGAGGAGAAGCAUGCCAACAACAUCAAAGCCUAGAGAACGCUCAAGACAUAAACCGUAGAGCUCAGACACAGCUUCUGCGAUUCCAGUGGCUGUAUGAAGACAUCCUGCAGGCAGCCGGACCUGAUAGGGCUGGUUAUCAGUUCAUCCCACCCGCAAGGUCUGCCAUCAUGUCCGACAUGAGGAAACGUCUGCAAGCCCUCCAGUCAAUAGAGGGCGCUAUAGGAACCAUGCAGGAGCGUGCUCUGGGGGUACAGGGAAGAGUUUGUCAGAGGCUGAAGUGGGCUGCUGGAGCUAACCCAUCACUGGCUAAUGUCAUGAAAGAUGUAGAUGCCUCCAUACAGGACAAGACACAGCUCUACACGCUGGAGACAAAGAGAGCAUCUGAAAUUGGAGCCCUAUGUCAUGCCAUCCUGCACUUUGAGGGAAUGAGAACCCGUACCUCAGAAUCGGUUUAUGCAGACAAUGGCUUUCAUGAUAUCCUCCAAAGAUGUCUUCAAGUUUGUAACUCAUUGGAGACUAGAUCAGCAAACCUUAGCCUAGCUGAAGAGGACUAUCUGGCCUUGAAACCUCUGACCAUUGAUAGACCUAUCAACAACAAAUGGAUCAAGGGGCUCUCAGAGUCCAUCCGGAAGAAGGUCACUGAAUGCCAAGGGAAGGCAGCUGAAGCAGAGGCAAAGAUAGAAGCUGACAAGGAGACGGUGCAGACAAUGGUUGAUGUGGUCAAGAUGGGACUGACCACCCAUAAUGAACUCAUGUCAGAGGUCAAAGGUAUGCUGAGGGUCAUCGCUGAGGAUGAGGAAGGUGGUAGUGCUGGGAUGGCUGAAGCUCAGAGGUUCAAGACCUUCUACAAGCAAUACUCUGAGACCUUUGCUACAAUGCUAGGCAGGAUACUAACCACGUCAUCACAUGAUAAUAGUGAGAAGCUACAAGAACUGAUUGAGGUCAAGCCUACAAUACACUCACUCAUUGACCAUGUUAAAGGGAUGUAUGAUCGCCUGGUUUGCAUAGCUACUCAGUCUACAGAGGACGAAGAUGGAGAAGGAGACAAAAAAAGUGUAGUGAGUGGUUCCACCGAGGCCCCCGGAACCACUGACAGCAAACCCACCAAGCCUCCAGGAGGUGAGCUUACUGAAGAGGACUUACGCCCCCAAGGGAAGCCUACCACCAAGCAGCAGCAGCAGGUUAAGAUAAGGGAGGUACAUCAUGCUACCCCACCCACUGCUAAGCAGGGACAAGCCAAGGGUUCACCAGCUAUCAUGCGAGACCCUCGGACCGGUAAGAUCAUCCAGGUGAGGAACACCUAUGCCAUCAACGUGUGGAGGAGAGUGAAAGGCAAACUGGACGGUCGGGACCCUGAACCUUCUAAGAGGCUGGCUGUCACAGAGCAGGUUGACUAUGUGAUCAAGGAAGCAACGAGCAUAGACAACCUGGCAACCCUGUAUGAGGGCUGGACAGCCUGGGUGUGAGGGAAACAAUGCCCCCCACCAACCCAAUCCCAACGCUGGCUGGCUGGGAUCAUGGGAUCAACCAACAUAUCGUAGAGAGUGAGAGAAAAAGGCGGCGCGUGCCAAGCCGCUGAUAUCAUCCAGACAUCACGAGAAGCAGACCCCACCCCCCUGAUCAAGAGACUUAUGGAGUCGCCUUGCAAGGGGGGUGGGGGUUAGAUCUUGCUGGCUUUCUUUAGGUGAUACCUGGAUUGGAAGGGAGCUCUAUCUGGCUGUGAUGUAAUGCUGAAAUCUGGUCUAUCAUGUCUCAUGCUGCUCUAGAAAAGGAAUCUUCACCCAAAGACCAUUCUGAGAGGCCACAGUGAAGUGUUAGGGAGAAUAGUUGUGAAACUCAAUUAGAUAGCCUGUAAUACCUGUAUAGACUGACAAUCCCUGGCCCCCAAACCUGUGCAGACUAUAAUUAAACAAACAUUAUGUCGCAACGUAAAGCAGAUAUUGUUAGGAGACAUUAUAUUGUUUGUUUUAGUGUGGCCUGUUCUCAACAGUGUCCACUGCACAAAUAUGUAAUUGUUCAUUUAAGUGAAAAUUGUGGUAGCAUAUUAAAAAUGAAACAAAAAAUUCUCCAAUUCAUGUAGCUGAUAAUAGUUAGCGAGUCAAUUGAACUUGAGCCCAUGAACAUAAAUACCAAACGAGUAUAGCAAAUAAUGUUUUCCAGUCACAAAUGAAGUAUUAAUAAUUUAAAGGAAAAUAAUAGUAUAUGAAUCCCUGAAUGCCCAACCUUUUCCGUUUGGUUUGUUGAGAGCCAGAAAGGCAAUAACUCUGUGUUAAAGGAUAUGAGUAACUCCCUUCUAGCUCCCAACUUGCACUUUUUUCUGUUAGUUCAAGCUUGCAAUCCCAUGAUCUAUCAUUCAUUUGCAGCUUACCAGAGCACUAGCAUAAAAACAUUUAGGACUUUCAACAUUGUACACCAUCGUAGAUGAACACUUUUUUGGCAAAACUGUCUUAUACCCCCAGUGAAUGCAGUAAACUCUCUCUACAUCCAAAGUUGUGAAAAUCUGUAACAAUGAUAUUUCAUUUUAACAGGCUUUUGGGUAUUAUUUGUUGAAUAGCACACCUUGCCUUUAAAUCAAUAUUUAUUGUACACUAUAUAUGAAAUUAAAUUGGCCUUGUCUGCUAGCAGUGAGUAUGCAGGAUUAUUGAUGAGUUUCACAAGAAUUCUCAACCAAUGCUUUUUUAUCAUUGGUACGUGGAAUUGAAGUAGAGGUUAUUUUUUGAAGAACUAGAGUAAGCAUUGAGUCAACAGAGACAAGACGGAGAGUAAGCUAAUUGCAAAGCCAAGAGCUCAGAGAGAAACAUAGUUUCUGGUAUAGAAUUGUGGAAGGUUACUUUUGAUUGUUGAGGACCAAAAGCAUUGCAGGAAUAGAUGAAGGAGACGAUGUUAUGGCGUUUUUGUAAUGACAUUAACGAGGGUUCGCCACAUGGGAAUGAUUCCUAUUGUUGAAUGGGUGACCUUGUCCAACUGUGGAGAAAUUGGGAUGUCCGUAUUGAAUGAGGAAUGAAUGUUUCUUGGUCAGCUGUUGACCUGGUCAUUUGUGAGAAUAAUUCAGGGGAAACCAGAAUUUGUUGACUCCAUAGAAAGCUAUGGAAUUCUCAGACCAUAGAGCAGAUCAUCUAUUAAAAGAGACAAUUGUUCAGAAGAAUACCAGAUUUGUCGGGACUUUGUCCAUUGAACAAUGUCAGGACAUGAUUGAACUUUGUCAACUUGACUGGUUGUUGUUAUCAGUUAGCAGUUUACAAAAUAAAAGCUGAUUUCUUUGAUUUUCAUAUAUUUUGGACCAUUGUCCAAAAUAAUGUUAUGGUAUUAAAGACAAUCACUUGACAUAGAGUGUAUGUAAAUCAAUUAUCCCUUUAUCAUUCAUUUGAGAAAAUAAACUUCUUUUAAGUGCUUUACAUACAAGUGUUGCAAUUUUGGAGGUAACUUUGUUAUCCAGUUCCUUCAUUGUCUUUUCUUUUCUGUCCUGAAUCUCAAUUUGAAAGACCAAGGCACUCUUGUAUUAAUAAAUAGUUGUAAAUGUGGUAAGUCAGUGUUUUGUUUUCCCUUGCAUGUUAACUUGUUGUAGAUAAAGCAUUAUUAAACUUUGUAAUUGUAUCCUGGUUUGUAAGGUAGAUAUAGCAGAACAAUCAGACUUUCUUUAGAUUGAGUGUUUCUGUAAUAAUGUAUGGUUUGUACGGUAUGUGUUAUAUAACUGCAUGUUCACUACAGUAUCCUUAUAUUUCUUAUUCAAGUGAACUGUCUUAUUAAAGAGUAAUAUGUAAUAUAAUCACUCUAGCAGAAUAAAAGAGAUUUUUUCUUGUUAUUAUCAAUUUUUUGGUCUUCUUUGUUUUGUUAUCGAGACUAUGUUAACAUCUCCCAGUAAAUGUAUAAGUUUCACUUUGAAGAAAAAAAUACUGAUGAUAAUAUGGAAUUAUAUAGGGCUUACUACAGCCUGAAUGUUUCUCAGAGCUGUGUAGAUACAUGCAUAUUUCUUAUUGAGGCUACAAAGUGUUGAAAAUAUUGUUUAAAUAUUGAAGUAUAAGAAGUCAGUCAUUGUGGCUCAAUUGAAAAGUAUAUUAUCAUUAUUUAGCAAUCAGCAUUAUAGCAUGAAUUGUCUUCAGAGAUGUUUAAUUAAAAACAAAAAUAUAUUCAAUAUACUUUCAAUGCAUUUCCACUAGGCAUCCAUCUAUUAAGAGGAAGCUUGUUAGCGUAAUGUGUUUAUCUUCAUUUACUUAUAUUUGCCACUGCUAUGGAUAAAUUAAAAUUGUUAGUUCCGGACUUCCGGUGCAAAAUAGGGAGUAUUGAUUUCACUCUUAAGAGUUUUUUAGGGUUUUAAACUUAACCUUCAUGUUCAUGACAACUGCUGUAUCACUCUAAUGUUAAGAAUAAAUUUAUCCAUAAUGUAUGCUAGAAAUAGUCUCAUGUAAGGUAUUAAAGGAAGUAGUCUUUGCUUGGUUUCUUUUCUUUUUGUUCUUCCAAGGUCACCAUAACUACCAACUUUUCCUAUUUUGGAGGAAAGAUUCCCAUUUGUGGCCUCGAGGAAAAAAAUAUGUAGAACUGGAGAGUCCUCUCUUCAUGAAAAACUUACAUGUAAAAACAUAUAGAAUACACUGUAUUCCUAAUUUUUCCUUGAUUGACCCCAAUGUGGAAGGUUGGCAGGUAUGUGUUACAUUCUUCGAGACUCCUUGAAGUCACCAUGGUUCUUUUAGUUAAUUUAGUUGCAUCAGUGUUAUGUCGUUAAAAUGUACCAACAAGUAUAGACCAUGGUUAAGAAACAGAGAAGUUGGCUAUAUCUACGAGUGAUAUAUACAUUAAUUAGAAAUAUGGUCA